UUCCAUGUUGUGUGUACUGUGGUAGACCAGAUAUAGUGAAAGCAGGGUCCGGGGAGAGCGGAUAUAGUGAAUGUAGGGUCCAGGGAGAGCGGAUAUAGUGGAUGCAGGGUCUGGGGAGAGCAGAUAUAGUGAAUGCAGGGUCCGUGGAGACCAGAUAUAGUGAAUGCAGGGUCCAGGGAGACCAGGUAUAGUGAAUGCAGGGUCCGGGGAGAGCGGAUAUAGUGAAUGCAGGGGUCCGGGGAGACCAGAUAUAGUGAAUGCAGGGUCCGGGGAGACCAGGUAUAGUGAAUGCAGGGUCCAAGGAGAGUGGAUAUAGUGAAUGCAGGGUCCGGGGAGA